CACGGUGACGUCAGCAGUGUUCACAGUGGGAGAUAACGUGGUGUCUGGGAGCGACGAUCGAACCGUCAAAGUGUGGGACCUGAAGAACAUGAGGUCGCCCAUAGCAACCAUCCGCACAGACUCUGCAGUCAACAGGAUCAGCGUGUCGGUGAACCAGAAAAUCAUCGCUCUUCCUCACGACAAUCGGCAGGUCCGGCUGUUUGACAUGUCCGGGGUGCGACUGGCUCGACUCCCACGAAGCAACAGACAGGGUCACCGGCGCAUGGUGUGCUGCUCCGCUUGGUGUGAAGACAACACCACCUGCAACCUGUUCACCUGUGGCUUUGAUCGGCAAGCCAUCGGCUGGAACAUAAACAUCCCCGCUCUGCUGCAGGAGAAAUGACCUCCUCCUACUGUCACCUUACAGGGAAAUGCCACCAAAAGUCUGUUUGGAAUAUCAAACACUGAAACCUUUGAGUGGGGUUAAAAGGCGGCUGGAGAAAACUUUGUGUCGAUGAAAAGUUGUCUCAUGUUGUAAUGUACAGGAUGAAAUUCCUGUCGUUUCCAGCAGCCGUCUUUUGAGCCCACGGGGGGUCGGUAUUUGUACUCGAUGUCCUUUGAGCUCUGUUCUCCUCCUUUGUUUGGGGUAGAGCAGAAAAAGGCCUUGCACUUGCUGUCUACUCCAUCUGUCACGCUCACUAAAUCACCGCUGCCAAAAUAUACAAAACACAUUUGUGGUCUUUGCGUGGAAGUGAUUUAACAUCUGGAAAAGAGAAAAAAAAAUCCUGUGCAUCUCUAAUGAAAAAAGCACACGAGCUUCUUCUUUGCCGCGAACAAAAACGCAUUCUGUUAAUGCUAAAUCAGAUCUGUGACGUGCUGACGUUU